AUGGCUCUAUGCUACCCCAUGGCUGUGGGCCUCAACAGAGGCCACAAGGUGACCAAGAACGUGAAACCCAGGCACAGCCGCCCCGGGCGCCUCACCAAGCACAUCAGGUUUGUGCAGGACAUGAUCUGGGAGGUGUAUGGCUUUGCCCCCUAUGAGCAUUGUGCCAUGGAGCUGCUCAAAGUCUCCAAGGACAAAUGGGCUCUCAAGGUCAUCAAGAAAAGGGUUGGGACACACAUCUGUGCCAAGAGGAAGCGAGGGGAGCUGAGCAACGUCCUGGCCACCAUGAGGAAGGCAGCUGCCAAGAAGGACUGA